UCGGAGGCCAGAGGGGCCUCCACUCCCUGGCAGUGUUGUCCACAGGAACUGUCCGAGUCCAACUGGUCUGGACACCCCGGCCCUGAGGUUUGAACGUGAACGCCUGUCACCUCUACAUCAGAAAGAGGCAGCAGAGAUGAGCCCAUGCUUCGAGAGCCCAAACAGUGAGCACUCGGACGAUGGGCCCCUAAAUCUUGAUGUCAUCCCUCCUCACCCUCCCCCCCCCACUAAAUCCAUCCUCAAGGCGCCGGCCCGUGGAGGGCCGCUGUCUUCUGUCCGACAGCACAGCGACUCCCCAGGGCACACACCGCCUCACAACGGAGGACACCCUCCCUCCCAUUACGAUGCACACAUGGGCCCAUCUAGACCACACCCUCCUGGGUGGUUCGAUGACCCAUCACGGUUCGAGGGUCCUGGCAGGUUCGAUGGUGGUGCACCGCCUCAUCACAUGCCCGAGAGAUUUGAUGGCCCCGAGCAGUGUGACAGCCCCCACAUGUCUCACGGGCCAAUGAGAGGUGGAGACGGUAUGGGUAGG